CAAUAUAAAGUUGAAACUCAUCAAUAUGACUUGUAGGUUAAAAUUAUAAUAAUUUGCUAGCAAAGCGUUGUUUGUUGUUUAAACAACUUAGAGGAUAAAUUGAAUAUAUUCAAAGAUUGAAUUUUUGUAAUUUCUUCGCUCUGCCUGCUCUGCACCUGUCACGCCCUCUCUUCCCUUACCAUGACCGUUGCCAUAGACGUGGUGGUGGUUGGGGGCACGUACAAUGCCGCUCCGGAUCACACCUGUGUGUUUUCCUCAGCGCGAAUCUGCGCCUAUGUAUACCUAUCAGUUCUGCUUGUUGUCUUUCACAAUCUGUGUCAAAUCAGAGCUACAAAAGAAGUUACAUUUCACAUAUCGGAGGAGCAAAAAGAAGGAACUUUUAUUGGCAGUUUAAGGAAGGCUCUGCAAUUGAAAGCCUCUGUAGCAUUCACCAUGCUAGACUCAUCAAAUUAUUUCCUUUUGGAUACAGAAAGUGGAAAUUUGUAUGUAGCUACUGACAAAUUAGACAGAGAUUCUCUGUGUCCGCAGGAUAUUUUAGAUGAAUGUGUCUUAUCAUCGGAUGUGUUUAUUUCUUCUGAGGAACAGUCAGAAAUAGUAAAAAUCAAAGUGUAUAUUCUGGAUGUCAAUGACAAUGCUCCUUGUUUCUCAGAGGAGAUCAUCAUUCUGUCUGUUCCAGAAGAUGCCACAGUAGGAACAAUGCACCCCAUUGAUCACUUAGCUAGUGAUCGUGACACCAAAAACAACAGCGCCCUCACAUAUCAUUUGAAUUGUACUGAUGAGACCUUCAGUUUAUAUCAGAAUGCUGAAGUCCUUUUAUUAACUGUUCAAAAGCCUUUGGAUCGGGAAACACAGAACGAAUACCAAAUGUAUUUAGUAGCAUCAGAUGGCGGGAAUCCUGCAUUAUCUGGCAGCACUCUGAUUAGGGUGCAAGUUACAGAUGUGAAUGACAACUGUCCCAUUUUUCUGACAAAUAAUGUCUCAGUAAAUCUCCCUAGAAACACCUCUGUUAAUGCCACAGUCAUUCAGCUUCUUGCAGUUGAUGAAGACAUUGGUGAGAACCAUAUUAUUCAGUAUGUUUAUGGCAACAGAGUGCAAGAAUCAUCCAAGAGCUUUUUCCAUUUGAACAGCAGUACUGGAAUGAUAACUCUGUCUGUAAGUAUACAUGACAAUAUGCCCCAACAGCACAAACUUACGGUUUUAGCCAUCGGUCCUGGAUGUGCCCCAGCUGUAGCUUACAUAAGUAUAAGUAUACAGGAACUUCCAAAAAAAGAUGUUUGUGUUGAAUUACGUUUUGUAGCUUCCCAUGAAAACAAUACAGUUUCUAUCACUGAAGAUGCUGUACCGAAUACUAUUCUUGCCAUCUUAGAUAUUGAAGACCCUGAUCAUAGUAUUCUCAGACCUUUGUAUAUAAACAAUACAUCGCCAUUCUAUUUAAGGCCAGCUGAAAAUUCUCCUGACAGGUAUUUACUCUUAACUUACAGAAAUUUAGAUUUUGAGUUGCAACGAAAUUAUGACAUUUACAUAAUUGGGAAUUCUACAGUUAAUGGUUCCACAGUAUAUGCAAAAAAAAUUAGUAUUAAGAUAGAGGAUGUAAAUGACAAUUAUCCACAAUUUUCCCAAACUCUAGUGGAAAUAUUCAUAGAAGAAAAUAAUGACCCUGGGGCCUUUUUAUUGAAACUUUCUGCUUCUGAUGCUGAUAGUGGAUCGAAUAGUAAGAUUAGCUACAGCUUUGGAGAGGAUCCUCAUUCUAUGUUUAAAAUUGAAAGUACAGAUGGAAUACUCACUGCAGGUGAGUCUUUUGAUCGAGAAGAAGAGGCAUCUUACUUGCUUCUGAUAACAGCUUCAGAUCAUGGAUUUCCCUCUAAAAAUAGUACAUGCACAGUCAUAGUUAAUAUUUUAGAUCAAAAUGAUAAUGCACCCAACUUUCCAACUAAAGACCUGACUUUUUAUGUUCCUGAAAAUCUUCCACGGGGUGGUGAAGUUGGAAUUAUAAAUGUCACAGAUGCUGAUAGUGGCUUAAACAGUGAAUUUUCAGUGUACUUUAUAAAUUAUACAACACUCUUUUCAAUUGAUCAAAAGAGCCUCAUCCUGCGAUCUAUGGGUUUCUUAGACUAUGAGAGAGAAUUAACGUAUGAACUUUUGAUUGAAGCUACAGAUUUUGGCAACCCACCUUUAUCCAACAGAGUAAAAGUUACUGUUUUUAUUUUAGAUGUAAAUGAUAAUGCUCCACUUAUUCUCCUCCCAGAGUCAAACUUUUCAUAUGUGCUAGUCCCACCAGAAACCACAAAAGGAUCCUGCAUAACAAAGGUCCAUGCCAUUGAUUAUGAUGCUGGUAUGAAUGGUGUCAUAACAUACAGUGGGAUUGGUAAAAUGGGUGAUUCUUCCAAACUGUUUAUGAUUGACGCCUUGACAGGUAACAUUACAUUAAAGGAAAACACCCAUGGGCAUCAUUGUGGCCUAUAUCAACUUAUAGUUAAAGCAAGUGACCAUGGUUAUCCUGAAGUGCUUUCUACUAUUGUCAGGGUUAACAUCCUUCUCAAUGAUAGUAUCAGUAACCAAAGCUACCUGGAAUCUUUGAUAAUGGAUAAGGCUUCAAUGAGCAAGGAAAACCAAGUGAUUUCAUUAAGUUCAUGCACAAAAUAUUCAGCUAUGGCCUCAUUUUCUUUACAAUUAAGUGUGCCUACAGUAAUUUCCAUUCUGGCUUUUUCUGUAUUUUGUUUGUUAGGGGUAUUGUUAUUUUUGUGUACAAGAAGGAACUCAAAAAAGAAAAAAAAGCCAGACAUUGAAAUUCCAUUAAAGUUAGCUGUUGAUUAUUAUGUAAAAGACUGGAAUGAGUUAAAAUAUGAAACUCGUCAAGAAACUGAUAAAGGUUAAAGUGAUUCUGGACAGUGUUUGAGUUCUUCAAGAUCAAAAAGGGGGAACUACAAGAUCUUCUUUCUUUUAACAAGACCGCAUGCUGCUGGUGCCAAACAUGGUGAUUAGAGAGGUUUUUACCUGCAUCCUGUUUGGAGUGGAACUUUUGGGAAAAACAAAUUGCACUUUUUUCUCUUGCAACAAAGAGACACUGUGACUGACCGAAUGUAUUAUGAUUAAAAUGGAAAAUUACUUGUAAAUACUGAGAUAAUUAAUGUAGUAAAGACAUGUUUCUAAUAUAGAGUAAUAUAGAGAGUAUUUUUUUCUUGAAGAUGAAAUAAUUUGAAUUUUAGCAAGCCAGAUUUUAAGGAAAAUAUUGAUUAGAUGAAAUAAUAUCUUUAAAAUCUAUACAUAGGCUGCCACUGUUGUAAAUGUACUUAAUAGAACAAGAUUAUUUUUUAUUAGUUAUUUCAGAGGUCCUCCGUUGCAAAGAAGCAAAACAUUUCAUGAAAACAUUUGCAAUGCUGCCCACUAGUGUGUCAGCCUUCCUGCUUCUCCUUUUUUUUUUUUUUUUUGGCUGAUAAUGAUACACCAAUCAAAGGUCGUAACACCCAGGCAACGGAAGUAAUUGGGAGCUAGCUCCUGGCUACUCAAAGCCACAGGGUAUAGGCAAAGGCUGAAGCACGGUGCACAUGCUCAGUAUUGCAAUGAGCUAACACAAGUAUGAUAACAGAAAUAGUUAUUAUUGAAAUGAUGCAACUCAAAUAUGAUAACAGAAAUAGUUAUUAUUGAGAUGAUGCAACAGAAGUAUUGAAAUGAUUCAAAAUGCAUGCACUUUCCCCAUAUAAAACACUUGUGCAUUAUAAACAGAGGAAGUGAUGCAUUAAUAUCUUUAUUAUUAUUAUCAAAUGAACUUUGUUUUGUUGGUGUCUUUUUUCAAAACUUAGCUCCUUUCCAAGAGAGUUAAAGGGAUGUUAAACAGUAAAUAAAUGCUAGAUAUAAUGAUGUCUUCAAAGCAAAGAUUAGCCUUAGAAUAACAUGGUGAUGUAUUUUUUUACAAUUAGUUGUUUCGAUAUUAAAAAUAUAAUUGCAAAGGUUUAGUUUCUAUAAAGUACUUCAGUUUCAUUAAAGGGACAGUAAACUCGUAAUUAGACAUUCAUGAUUUAGACAGAGUAUAACAUUUUAAACAACUUUCCAAUUUACUUCUAUUAUUUAAUUUGGUUCCUUCUCUUGUUAUCUUUUGUUGAAAGUUUUAUCUAGGAAAGCUCACGAGCAGCAAAGAACCUAGGUUCUAGCUGCUGAUUGGUGACUGCAUAUAUAUGCAGUAUAUACUGAUUGUCAUUGGCUCACCCAUGUGUUCAUUUAGAAACCAGUAGUACAUUGCUGCUCCUUCAACAAAUGAUACCAAUAGAAUUAAACAAUUUUGCUAAAAGAAGUAAACUUGAAAGUUGUUUAAAAUUGUUUACACUUCCUAAAUCAUGAGAGAAAAAAUGUGGGUUUCAUGUCCCUUUAAAGUAACAGCUCCACUAUGUUUGAACUAGUUUGUUUAUUUAUCUCUGUGCAAACAAGGCUGUGAGGAUAAUCCUAUGUUUCACACAACCUUGUUUGUGCAGUCUCUUUUAUUGCCUGUUGUUAACCUUAUUGUCCCCAGCAGGAAGUAUAGAUAAUAGGGAAACUUAAGUUUAAACAUGGCAGCUCCCAUUACUUUAUAGAAACUCAAUGGCAUUUAGAAAACCAACAAUUUUAAGAGUUAAAUUAUAAAGACGGGGAUAAAUUAAAUAAUGAAAGUAUAUUGCAAAGUUUUUUUAACUACACAUAAUUAAACAUGUUAUUUUACAUUUUCAUACUCUUAAGAUCCCUAGGUUAAGAGUGUACAAUUUCAAAAAUACAUUUUCAGUUUUGGCACAGUUUUCUGUAUAACACCAGAGCCAAUAUGUGAAACUGGUGUUAUGUAUAUGAAAAUGUGUUAAAUGCAGAA